UCCAAUGUGAAAUGUAUUUGGACAAAUAGCUGGAAGCCGAAAGGGGGAGGUCGCUUUAAGCGUUUAAAAAUUAAAUUUCGCAAAUGUGCUUCCAUUGACAAAAUGCAGUACAAAAGAAAGUGAAACUGUUGAAGAAAAUUCAAACAAUUGGGGAAAGUGCAAGCCAUGUCCAGUCGAGCAACAGCCCGGCUUUUGCUUUAACUCUGAGUGUGUGGGUGCUCGAACCAUAUCCGAAAACUGUGUAAGUUGCAAAAACAUGCACAACAACAGUAACAACAGUAACAAGAAUUGCAAACAAUAACAACAAAAAGUACAAGCGAGCAAGCAAAUAAAAAUGAAAAUUAAAAUAUUUCCGCUUACAACGGAAACAACGUUGGCGCAACGGCAGCUGCAACAUCGGCAGCGACAGCGACAGCUUCCACAGCAGAGGCAGCAGAGGCAGCAGAGGCAGCAAAAGCAACAACAACCACAACAGCAGCAACAACAUCGGCCACGACGCAUAAUGAAACUGCAGCGGAAGCAUAAAAUGCCGGAAAUAUCGUCAUGGCUAAUUGUUGUCGCCGCCACCGUCGCCGCCAUUGUCGCGUUUGCAAUUUGCUGCCUGCCCCAGCCCCCCUUGGCUUUGGCAGCAGCUGCCCCAUCCGCCCAUGCUCAGGAUGAAAGCGAGCUGCAUCACAUGGAUCAGCAUCAGCCCGAUUUUAUUAUUGGCGAGUCCGAGGAAAGGGACCAUAUUGCUCAUCAUUUGGCGGAAAUGCAAAAUAAGGAGGAGCUGCUAGAAGACAUUCGCGAUGAUACGGCCGUCAAUGUGAUACCAGAGAAAGAUUUACCAAAGUUUGGAGAGCUGCUGCAAAACGUCACCGUGCCGGUAGGACGUGAAGCCGUUUUGCAAUGCGUCGUCGACAAUUUGCAAACUUACAAGAUUGCGUGGCUACGUGUCGAUACACAGACCAUACUAACGAUACAAAAUCACGUCAUAACCAAAAAUCAUCGCAUGAGCAUAACUCACGCAGAGAAACGUGCCUGGAUAUUGCGUAUACGUGAUGUGAAGGAAGCGGACAAGGGCUGGUAUAUGUGCCAGAUCAAUACGGAUCCGAUGAAGAGUCAAGUCGGCUUCCUAGACGUAGUAGUGCCACCAGAUAUACUCGAUUAUCCCACCAGUACCGAUAUGGUCAUACGUGAGGGCUCAAAUGUUACACUGAAAUGCGCGGCCACCGGCUCCCCCACCCCGACGAUAACCUGGCGACGCGAAGGAGGCGAACUGAUUCCAUUGCCAAAUGGCGCUGAGGCUGUGGCCUACAACGGCUCCUUUCUGACCAUCGCCAAAGUGAAUCGCUUAAAUAUGGGCGCCUAUCUGUGCAUUGCCUCGAAUGGCAUACCGCCAACAGUUAGCAAACGCGUUAUGCUCAUUGUCCAUUUUCCGCCAAUGAUUUGGAUACAAAAUCAAUUAGUUGGCGCCGCGCUGGCACAGAACAUAACAUUAGAGUGUCAGUCUGAAGCGUAUCCCAAGUCCAUCAACUAUUGGAUGAAGAACGAUACGAUUAUUGUGCCGGGUGAGCGCUUCGUGCCCGAAACCUUCGAGUCCGGCUAUAAAAUAACCAUGCGACUGACCAUCUAUGACGUUGAUAUACAGGACUUUGGCGCUUAUCGUUGUGUGGCCAAGAACUCGCUCGGCGACACAGAUGGUGCGAUCAAAUUGUAUCACAUACCACAAACAACCACCAUCACCACCAUGGCACCAACUGUAUCACUUAAUACUGUACCUGUUGUUGUUGUCAAGUACAACAAAGAGCAACGCUACAGCAGCAACAGCAAUCAGAAUACCAACAACAACAACCCAUACAACUACAAUAACAAUGCGCAUAACAACCAGCAGUACAACAACAAGGCGCAACGCACAAAAACCAAAACAAUGGAUCAGCAGUCGUCUGCUCUGAACAAUGUCUAUGUGGGUGCCACCUCGAGCCUAUGGAACUCGCAGGAUCAUCACGCGUCGUCCACAGCACGUGGCAGGGAUCACCAGCAACAGCAGCAGCAUCAUG